CGGAAAAGUAGAACCACCACGUGUGACCGACGACACGCGUAACACCCUAGCUAAACUCUCUCUGUAAUAGUAUUAAACGUGGCGUAGUUAAUGUCUUCAAUCUCCAAUUCCUGGCUUGUCUUUAACAACUCUGACAACAACCAAAGCUGUGAAGCGGACAAUAACGAGAAGAGGUGCUGUAUCAUUGCUAUCAAUCUAUCAUCAAUCAAUGGCUAUGGUGGAAGAACCCAUCCUUUCAAGACUGGACCGUAUUGAUGUCAUGGUGAGGAAGCUAGAAGAGAUGAAAGGAAGCUCACCGAGAAGCUCCAGCCCUUCGACUCCAUCUAGUGGGACUCAACCAUCGUCGCUUGAUCUUUCUUCGCCGAGGAGCGUAGGGAAGGUUCAGUGCCGUCCGAUGGAGCAAGUGAUAGAGGAGACCGAGAGAAAAGGAACUCUGUUGGAGAGACUAAACAAUGUGGAGGAGCAAGUUCUUAAGCUGUGUUUGAAGUUUGAAGAAGAGGUUGAAGAAGAGAGUAAGAGAGAUGGUAAGUCGAAGAAAACGAAGAAGAAGAAGGGGUUGAGGAAGUUGGUUGAUAAAGUUGUUGGAUCUUCUUCUCCUACUAAAAGCCCUUCCAAGAGAUGGCAUUGCUGAGCCUUGUUUUAUUACUCCCUGUUCUUCCUAUAUCAUCCAUGUAUAAUUCAACCAUGUUCCACAGCUUUUCUUCUUUUUCUUUUGAUGAAAGGCUCGAAUUUGAUUGUUAUGUUGUUAGUUUGUUGUUAGUGUGCAAUUUGCCUUGCUUGUUCGUUCAACCCGCUGUAUAUUCCGCAAACGAGCUUGACUUUAUUUCAAUAAAUAAAUGUGAUGUUUAUC